CUGUCCUUCAGCGACCAGCAGAUCCACUCCACCAGACAUCAGUAACAUGAGGCUUCUCACAGGCCUGGUGUUUUGCUCUUUGGUCCUGGCAGUCAGCGGUGGGGUUUUUUCAUUCAUGAAGGAAGCUGCUCUAGGAAGUUGGGAUAUGUGGAGAGCUAUCUGGGACUUGAAUGAAGCAAAUUUCAUAGGUUCACAAAGAUACUUCUAUGCCCGAGGGAAAUAUGAUGCUGCCCGAAGGGGACCUGGGGGUGCCUGGGCUGCUGAAAUGAUCAGUGAUGCCAGAAAUAACAUUCUGAGAUUUUUUGGCCCUGGACUUGAGGACUCAGAGGAAGACCAGGAAGACAACAGAGCGAACAGGAGAGGAGAAGAUCCUAUUAUUUACAGACCUAAAGGGCUUCCUGAUAAAUACUGAACUUCAUCUUCAUUUUGUAUCAGGAGACUGGCUGUGAGUCCCCAAAGUUUGGGAUAUGAAAUCACUGCAUCCUGUGUCCACAUAAAUAUGUGGAUGGCCCACAGUCAUUGUUCAAUAAAUACUUAAGAAAUGGAAAUUCUA